AUGUUGUUCCUGACACUUCUUUUCAUUGAUGCUGGCUUUCCAUCUUCGUACUCAAUGCCAGCUGCGCCUCCUUCGCUGUCAUGUCCCUGCAACUUUGCCAUGACUUCGGCGUCGAGCUCUGCUUGCGUCUUUUUCCUGGGGUUUGCUUCUUCUGUGGUUUUUUCGUCUGACUUCUGGUUCACCUCUUUCACCGCACCUGAGGACUUUGAGCUUGCAUCUGAGUAA